UUUUUUCCUACAACUGCACUGGGACUGCUUCCAAAUCUGGGCUCCACAAACGUGGAUUUGCAGAACAAAAUUCGACCACACCUGAAGUUAAUGUAUGGAGCAUGUGGGGAGUGCAAACUUUUGAGAACAACACAAGCUUUUGUUAAACACCCAGAUGGUUCGCCAAUCACACAUGUAUGUUUAACAUUCCAUUUUGAUGUACAAGAUGUAUUGUCAAUGUUGCAGAACAAAUACAAAACCUUGCAGCUAGCACUAGUACCAGGCACUUUAAGCUUGACAAGAAUUCCUAAAAUAGACACUCAAGUGUCAGGUGUCUGUGUGUGA